GGCUCCCCCACCGCACUGAAACCGGAAAUGGGACGGGUCCGGCCCUAUACUAGAAGUAACCCAUAAGCAAGGAAAGGAUGUGAUUUUUGCGGGGGGAGGCUCGUGGUUGUCUCUUUUCCUGAGCGUGUGGGCUGGAGAAGGAGGAGGAGUGCUCUGGAUGUCUGUUAUGCCAGUAAUUUAAAAUGGCUUCGAGGGGGAAAAUAGAGACCAGUAAGUUGAAACAGAACCUGGAAGAGCAGCUGGAUAGACUAAUGCAACAGUUGCAAGAUCUGGAGGAAUGCAGAGAUGAGAUGGAUGCAGACGAGUAUGAAGAAACCAAGAAGGAAACCCUGGAGCAACUGAGUGAGUUCAAUGAUUCCCUCAAGAAGAUCAUGUCUGGAAAUAUGACUUUGGUAGAUGAACUCAGUGGGAUGCAGUUGGCUAUACAAGCAGCCAUUAGCCAGGCUUUUAAAACCCCUGAAGUCAUUCGGAUGUUUGCCAAGAAACAGCCUGGGCAGUUGAGAACAAGAUUAGCGGAGAUGGACAGAGAUCUGAUGGUUGGAAAGCUGGGCAGGGACCUCUACACCCUGCAGAAAGUGGAAAUCCUCACUGCUCUCAGGAAGCUGGGCGAGAAGCUGACUCCUGAAGAUGAGACAUUUCUUUCAACGAAUGCUGGCGCUGCUCUCAGCCAGUUUGAAAGGGUCUCCAGUGACCUUGGUUCAGGAGAUAAAGUUUUUGCCCUGGCAAGUUUUGAGGUAGAAAAAUCAAAACAAUGAAGGCCGACUUCUGCAGGGUGUGAUUCACUCACCUGUGAUCAGCUGUCAGACUUUUUUUUAAAUCCACGUUAAAUUGAUGUGUUUCUUACAAACUUUUUGUAAAGCUCUUCACCUUAACUAAGCUAACCUGAAGCAAAAAUGUUUUUUAAAAAAAUGCUCUUUGCAAGCUCAGCAACUUUGGUUCUGAGGCAAACACUAAGUGGUACUUUUUAAGCUUCCUGAGAUUGUGAUCCUUUGUGUGGAAGCAAAACACGUGUUCUCCCCCCCACCUUCAUGUCAGUGAAAUGAGCAUUUCUCUAGUAAAACAUUCUCUCGGUG